AUGUUACAUUUUGCUAUGAAAUAUUUGAGGGUUGUGGAGGGCAAUUGUUUAAGUACUGAAGAACUGGAGUACUUGGCUAGUCCAUCCAGAACUGUUAUUAAAACAUCCCGACGAGAUCUCCCUUUUGUAAUAUCAGAAGGAUGUGAUGGAGGGACAACGGUCGCUGGUACCAUGGUCAUAGCCAACUUGGCAGGCAUCGCUGUAUUUGUCACAGGAGGAAUUGGUGGCGUUCACAGAGGAGUGGAAGCCACUAUGGACGUGAGUGCUGACCUGACAGAGCUGGGUCGGACACCGGUCACUGUAGUAUCCUCUGGGGUUAAAUCAAUACUAGACAUUGCCAGGACUUUAGAAUUCCUUGAGACACAAGGUGUUUGUGUGGCAACUUAUGGUCCUAGUAGAGACUUCCCUGCCUUUUUCUCACCACGAAGUGGACUUUUGUCCCCAUACAAUGUUGAGGACCCAAGUAGUGCAGCCAGACUGAUAGAUAGCCAUGAGAGACUUGGUGUUCAGAGUGGAGUCCUAAUAGCCGUCCCUGUACCGGAGGACCAGGCAGGCCAAGGAAAACUUAUAGAGGAUGCCAUACAGAUAGCUGUGACAAAGGCAAGAGAGGCAGGAAUUUCUGGGAGGGAAGUUACACCAUUUAUACUACAGCAGGUUAACGAGAUCACGAAAGGUGUUUCUCUCAAUGCCAACAUUGCUCUUAUCAAAAACAAUGCUAUGGUUGGAAGUCAGAUAGCUCGCCACUUAUCUGUCUGUAGAGAGUCAUCAACAGAUGGUACCACUAACACAGAAAGGGAUGAUGUAACUAUGGUGGUAAUAGGGGGAUGCAAUGUGGAUUUUUAUGCCGUAGUAGAUAAGGACAAAUUUGAGGCUGAUGGUGGAACUUACCCUGGAGGUGUGCGCCAGUCAUUUGGUGGGGUAGGAAGGAACAUGGCAGAUUGUCUCAGUCGUCUUGGAGUUGACCCAUUGUUUAUUUCAGCUGUAGGUGACGACUCACACAAGCCUGCCUUUCAGCAUUAUUGCAAUCACAUGGACCUAACUGGUGUUGCUGUCAGGAGGGACCAGACAACAGCUACUUACUGUGCAGUUUUAAAACGUACUGGAGAACUCAUAUUUGGAAUAGGUGAUAUGGAAAUUCACCAAACAGUCACACCUGAGAUGGUCUCAGGAUUUGAGGAGGAGCUAUCCAAUGCUACCCUGGUGUGUGUAGAUGGAAACAUUCCGGCAGAAACAAUCCAACAUGUAUGUAAGCUGUGCAGCAUAUCUUCUGUUCCAGGUGAAGGUGCUGGGGGCACAGAGAAACCUGUCAAUUUGAAGGUGUUGGUGGGAGGCACAGAGGAACCUGUCAAUUUGAAGGUAUUGGUGGGGGGCACAGUGGAACCUGUCAAUUUGAAGGUGGUGGUAGGGGGCACAGAGGAACCUGUCAAUUUGGAGGUGAAUGUGCUGGGGGCACAGAGGAACCUAGGAACCUGUCAAUUUGAAGGUGAAGGUGCUGGGGGCACAGAGAAACCUGUCAGUUUGAAGGUGUUGGUGGGAGGCACAGAGGAACCUGUCAAUUUGAAGGUGUUGGUGGGGGGCACAGUGGAACCUGUCAAUUUGAAGGUGGUGGUAGGGGGCACAGAGGAACCUGUCAAUUUGAAGGUGGUGGUAGGGGGCACAGAGGAACCUUUCAAUUUGAAGGUGGUGGUAGGGAGCACAGAGAAACCUGUCAAUUUGAAGGUGGUGGUAUGGGGCACAUUUAUUAUUCAGAAAAUAUGUUUUAUUGCAGUUUGGUAUGAACCAACAGAUGUCCACAAGGCUUGUAAGCCUUUUGAUGUUAGAGUAAAGACACUGCCGACCUAUGUGUCACCUAACCUUAACGAGCUUCAACAGAUACACCUGGCAAUUACAGGUGCAUCACACACACAUACAGUCCAGACCAAUACAGACAACUUGGAUGUAAUCCUAAAUGAAAGCAUGAGACUUUCCUAUCCUGUUCUGGAGAGAAUACCUGUCCUCAUUGUUACUCUAGGAAAGCAUGGAAUGUUGCUUUGUCAAAACUCAGAAAUGAAAAGAUUCCCCACACGAGGAGAUCAUAUACAGAUGGGUGAUAUGGGUGAUGUAUCCUUUAUACACUAUCCUGCAGCCAGUCCACACAGUAUGCCUAAUGAGCUGGUCAGUGUAUCAGGGGCUGGAGACUGUUUGAAUGCUGGUAUAAUCUCGGGGAUCAUUCAAGGUCAUGACCUUGACCUUUGUGUGAAGACUGGACUUCUUGCUGCACAGUUAUCCCUACAGUCUUUUGAUGCCGUCCCAGCAACUGUUACUACAGAUAACCUUGUUUUAUCAAAGGUGAUGGCCUGGGCACCAUGGCAACCACACAGGAUAAAGGAGGUUGUAUAUGGCUUGGGCACCAUGGCAACAAAGUAA